UACGAGGUAUGAGCUAAACAUUCUUUUUUGUAGCUUAAGCUAGAUACCUUAUUUCUGAACGAAACAAGCGAAUGAUAUCUCACACCACACCACAUCAGGCAUUACUCAUUGCAGCGGUUUUAGUUGUUUGCAGCUGGCUUGACUCGCCCGCCUACCAGAGAGACUAGGUCAGUGUGUUUUAGACCUUGAGGCAGGUCGUCUCGUGUUUCUACAAACAACAAUCGUAGUAGGUUCGGUUUAUCAAUUACCAUGACCAGUUACAGUGUAGAUAAAAAUCCCGGGUCCUACGAGCCGUACAAUCGGGAUCUUCUAACCGAUAGUGAGAGGCAGCUUGCCCAACGAGAACUUGGUGAAGAUGACUCGAUUCGGGAUCAAGCUUUGCAAAAUAUGCGCGAUUGGAUCGCUCGGCAUCCAAACAUCCGCAAGUGUCGUACCGAUCCAGCUUUUCUGCUGCGCUUUCUGAGAGCACGUAAGUUCAAUCUACCAAAUGCAUGCGAAAUGCUGGAACGAUAUCUCUCGAUGCGUCAGGUGUUUCGAAUCUGGUUCGAAAAUCUGGACCCGGAUGACAAGUACAUGAAGCAACUGGUAGCGACCGAGGGUGGUUUACCCUUAGGAUUGGACAGUCGUGGUCGGAUGGUUGGCCUCGUUAAGGUACGGAACUUUGAUGCCACCAAGUACAGCUGCUAUCAUCUGGGCCGCUUUACGCACAUGGCUCUGGAAGCGUUCUACGAUGACGAUCGGGUGCAGAUUGGAGGUGGGGUGGCCAUAGUGGAUUGUCAGGAAGCGACGAUGGCUCACUUUACGAUCUUCAAACUAUCGGACAUCAAAAACUUCAUGGAGUGCCUCAAGUAUGCGCUGCCCAUCCGAAUUCAGGAAGUGCACAUCGUAGGGUUGCCUCGGAUCGGUGCAGCCAUCGGUGACCUGAUACUUAGUUUCGCUAGUGCGGACAUGAAGCGGAAAAUAUUCUUCCACGGAUCCCUGGCGGACGCGCUGAAACACCUGGAGGUGGCGAUGCUUCCGAUCGAAUACGGAGGACAGCAAAAUCCCCAAGAAAUUAACUCAAAACUUCGAGAGCGCCUAGCCACAGUCCGCCCUUCCCUGGUCCAACUGGACGACCUAGAAAUCGACGUGGAACCGUACGCCGGCUUCUGGAACCAGAAGGCCGACGAGGAGGUCGAGUUCGGGAUGGAAAUCGAUUGAAUCCGUUUCGUUAUAUGAAAUAUUCGUUUUUGUAAAUACUCAUCUGAAAGAUUUCAUUAUUGUUUUGAAUAUACAACUAGAUAUUUUAA